AUGAAGGAUUUGGACAGUACCAAAAGAGAAAAGCUAGAUGCCUUUCCAGAUAUGAUGAAUAAUUCUGUAUUUACUUUGAGUGACAUAUGCUUACAUGAGAUGCUACUACUUUUAGAUAUCUCUUCUUUUAAGAUGAAAAGCAAAAGUCGUUCUGAUUUAUCAGAACUCAAAGUCGGACAAAGCACAAUUGAAGAUAUAAUGUCAAGAGCUUAUGACAGUUUUGAUAUCCAGCUCAGCAGUAUACAGUUAUUGUACAGCAAACAUGAUGAGAACUGGCAAGAGGCUCGGAAACUGAAAUAUUCAUCUCAGCAUAUCUUGCAGCCCUUGGAUGUAAGAGUGGAAUUUAGCAGGGCUAUGGUUGUUACAGAUGCAAGAAUGCCUAAGUUCAAGCUGUCUGGACAGUUGCCUUUACUUUCUAUCCAAAUAUCAGACCAGAAGCUGACAAGAAUAUUGGAGCUAAUUGAUAGCAUUCCCAAGCCAGAAAGUGCUCCUGGUACCAGCUCUCCUCCAAAAAUAAGUGAGGCUGCAAUAUCCCCUGUGCUCUCAGCACCGCAUUUAUCACAAGGUGUGUUUCCUGUUUUGGAUCUUCAUUCAUUUGCUGAGUCAGAAUCAGAAGAAGAAUUUUAUGAUGCUCUGAGCAGUCCUGUGGAAGACAUGCCAUUUUUUGAAGCCCCAUCUGGUUCCCUCAAGCGAGUUAGCAGUACAAGACGAAAAAAACUACAUAAACAAGAAUCUUUGAAAAAUAUGAUAGAAUUCCAGCUAAGAUUUGAAGUAGCUGAGGUCUUAAUUAAAUUAUGCCGUCUUACUGGUAAUACUGAGACACCUGUGCUGCAGCUUGAUAUUGUAGGGUUAGGCACUGAACUUAAAUUAAGAACAUUUGACAUGACUGGAAAUGCUUUCCUUCGUGAAGUUUGUCUACUGUGCCCAGAGUAUAUGGAUGAUAAUGACAAGCCAGUUUACAUAAUUACCACUUUGGAUAACGUAGAAGAUGAUCUUCUCACUCUGGAGUACAUAAAGGCUGAUAUUAAUGGACCAGAGCUGAAAACUGUCUAUCAGAAUGUUCUACAGAAAAUAAAGGUGAACUUUUCAUCUCUAGAUAUUCAUUUGCAUACUGAAGCUUUGCUGAGUGCUAUAAACUAUCUGAAUAAUCUUCUACCCAAACAAGAAACUAAAGUUGCAGAAGAACCAGUCCAUGAAAAAAUAGAGGAGAAGAAGGAUGUUCUUAAGAAAUUAACAUCAAAAAAAUCAAAGUAUGAAGAUGUUAUCGACCUUAAUAUCUGUGCAGAUUUAUCCUGUUUACGUAUCUUUAUUAGAGAAAAAAAACAUAGAAUAGCAGAAAUUCACAUUGAAGGUCUGGAUAGCCAAGUCACCAUGAAGAAAGCAGCAACAGAAGUGACUGCAAAAUUGAAGAACAUAAUUAUUGUGGAUUCUGAUGAGAUGGCAUUGUAUAAAAAGGCUCUUUACAUCACAGGAAAAGAAGUCUUCAACUUUAGAAUGAUAUCAUAUAUGAAUGCUACAGAUGGCAUUGCAUAUACCAAUAUGGAUGUUGUUGACAAUCGUAUUUACCUAACUGUUGGUUGUAUUCAAGUAGUUUUUGUCAACAAGUUUGUUUCAUCUGUUUUGGCUUUUAUAAAUAACUUUCAAGCUGCCAAGGAAGCUCUUACUGAGGCAACUGUUCAAGCGGCAGAGAAAGCAGCUACAGGUGUAAAAGAGCUAGCGGAGCGGAGUUCCCGUUUGGCACUAGAUAUCAAUAUUAAAGCACCUGUUGUGAUAGUCCCACAGUCAGCAAUGUCUGCAAAUGUCCUGGUGGCUGAUCUUGGUCUAAUCACUGUGAAGAACCAGUUCUUUAUCGCUAAAACAAAAACACGGUAUAAUCUCCCGCCUGUUAUUGACUCUAUGACAGUGAAAUUGAGCGAACUAAAGUUAUACAGAUCAUGCUAUGAGCAGGGUUCAUUGCAAACUGAAGUACAGUUGCUGCAGCCACUUAAUCUGGAAGUAGCUGUUGAACGAAACUUAGCUGCUGCAUGGUAUAACGAAGUUCCUGAUAUUGAAAUAUCUGGCCGACUCAAGCCUAUGAAUCUAAUUCUCAGUCAAGAAGAUAUUACCACAAUAUUGAGGACACUAAAUGAAAAUAUAGGUGGAAGCUCUGGCACAUCAACAUCUUUACCAGAACCAAAAGAUACAACUAGCAAUUGUAGUGACAUGCAUAGUACUUCACAGCACUCUGCAGGUGUAACUGUUGUGACAUCAGCUGUGGUGGAAUUGCAUUCACCUAUGAAAAUAAAAACAACGCUAAAACUGGAUUUCAGAUUCGACUCUCUGACUUUAGUAUUGUAUAGUCCAAAUUCAAAACAGGUUACAAAUUUGGAUCAGAGAGAUGACCUUUUGAAACUUGCAGAAUUUAAGUUAGUUUUGAUGUCAGCUGCUGUCAAAAUGUUAUCAGAUGGUUCAAUGAAUGCUUCAGUCAAGCUGGCAAACUGUACGUUAGAUGAUAAAAGACAGUCAAUCCAGAAGGCUACACCAAGGAUGGUGGAAAUGAAACGUGGAUUUGAAAAGAAAGUUAUGAUGGAUAUAAGCUAUAAGCAGGGGAGAGAUGGCACUGUUCUUGAUGUGAUUGUUCAAGAGAUAUACCUUUGUGCAAGCAUGGAGUUUCUACUUACUGUUGCAGAUAUAUUCCUAAAGGCUAACGCAGAAAGUGCCGCUGCACAGAGAAGCCUCAAACAGUCAUUACCUUUAAAGGAGCAAGCACCUGUGCAGCCUGUAUCUACAAUGGAAAUGAACGUUAUUGUUAAAAAUCCAGAGAUUGUGUUUGUGGCUGAUUUAACAAGAAGCGAUGCUCCUGCAUUGGUGGUUACAACACAAUGUGAGGUCUUCAUUAAAAAUAGCCCUGAAAGGUAUAGCAUGACAGCUGCUGUUAAAGAAAUACAAAUGAAAGCAUGCCCAUUUCUUCCAGAAAAAAGGAAAGGGAACAUUACUACGGUAUUACAGCCUUGUGACUUUUUCUUUGAAAUGAAACAGUCAGAUACUAAUCCACAGACGGCUGAUCUAACAAUUAAAUCUUUAACAAUAAAAGUUUCACCAAUAAUUAUAAACACAGUAAUUACUAUUACAUCAGCCCUUUAUCAAACUGCAGAAACAACAGAAGAAGAGAUUAGUCAAAUUCCUCCAGACCUGUGGAAUAAGAAAGAUAUAAAAAAUCUAAAAAUGUGGUUUCUUGAAGAGUCCAAUGAAAAUGAAGAUACAAAUCCAACCACUGAACUGGUUCCCACAGGAGAGUCAUUGAAAAUGAGUAUAGAAUCUGUUUUUCUAACACUUGAAGCUGGCGUUGGGCACCGAACUGUACCGAUGCUUUUAGCCAAGUCUUCAUUUCUUGGAGAAGUAAAAAACUGGAGUACUCUAAUCAACCUGCGUUCUCGCCUUGAGCUAGAGGUACACUAUUUUAAUGAGAUGUUUGGGGUGUGGGAACCUUUGCUUGAACCACUAGAAGUUGAGAAGACUGAUUUAUUCAAACCAUGGAUUCUUGAAAUCAAGAUGAAGAAGAAGGCUAAAAAAGCAUUGGUUGAAUCAGAUGCAGAAGAAGAAAACUACAAAGUUCCGGAAUAUAAAACAGUAAUAAAUGUUUCCUCAAAAGACCAGAUGAACAUUACACUAUCCAAAUGUGGGCUACAAAUGUUGAGUAAUUUGGGCACGGCAUUUGCUGAAGCAGCAAGUCAAACUUCAGACAUCUUCAAAAAAGACCGAGCACCAUUUGUAAUAAUAAAUUCUUUAGGACUUCCCAUCACUGUCUUGCCUAGUGAUUCCUUUAGUGUCCUUGAUGUUGAGUUUGGAGCAAAAAUAUUUCAUUUAAGAGAUGGAGAGAAUUUAAAUAUGGAAUUUGUCAGAACUAAAAAUGAAAGCGACCAGUUCACUGCAAUGACAACUCUGAGUAGCAAGAGGUUUUACAUUCAGAUCU